UCAAUCAGAGUCACUUGAAUUCAGAAACACAAAAAGCGGGUUGUUUUGGAGUAAGGCAAAUAAGCAUAUUGUGUUGUGAUAGAUACAUAGUUAGCAGAUUAAAGAUGCAGCCGGCCAAGAAUGCAGCGGCAGCAGCCAAGGAAAAGAUAAGCAAUGCAGCCACCACUACGAAGGAGGGCAUGGAAAAGGCCAAGGCUACUGCCCAAGAAAAGAUAGAGAAGGCUUCUGCGCAUGACAAGACUGAAAAGGAGAUAGCUCACCAAAAGAAGGAAGCGAGGGAAAGUGAGGCAGAGAGGAAGGCUCACGCUGAGAAGGCCCAACAUGCGGCUCAGAAAGAAGAGGCAAAACAUACGACCCACACUACCACCACACACCAUGAUCCUCUGGCUACACAUGGUCACACCACCACAGACCAUAAUCCUCUCACUACCCAUGGUCACAACACCACACACCAUGAUCCUCUAGCCACGCAUGGUCACACCAACACACACCAUAAUCCUCUCGCUACGCACGAUCACACCACCACUACCACCACUGAUACAUAUGCCCCCACCAAUACUACCACCAAUGGCACUACACGCCAUAAUCUUCUGUAAUGUUGAUGGGAUUGGAGAUUACUCUCUGGUCUAGUAGAAAGGCAUUGUGAUGGGCAUUUCCUGGGUUCUUCUUUGUCUUCUUGUUUUGUGUUAGUUUUUCUUGAAGGAUCACAGAGCUCUCUGGUGUUGUAGUAAGGCAUUGUGAUGGGCCUUUCUUGGGUUCUGCUUUCUCUUCUUGUUUUGUGUUAGUAUUUUUAUGAAGGAUCAGAGAGCACUCUCGUCUUGUUGUAAGGCAUUAUGAUGGGCCUUUAGUGGAUUCUUGUUUUGUGUUGGUUUUUAAUGAAAAAGGAGAGUGAUCUCUCGUCUUGUAGUGAAGUAUUGUGAUGCAAUAAAAAUAUGCAGAUUUCUAUGUGAUAAA